AUGAGGAAGCACGGCUGGAACAGUUUCAAGGAUUUAAUUUUCAGAAAUCCUGCAGUUGUCGACCAGGAUCCAUAUGUGGAUGAUGGGGAUGAGAACACUGAACGUGGGAACUGGGCCAGCAAAAGGGAGUACAUCCUCUCUACCAUCGGCUAUGCUGUUGGACUGGGAAAUAUCUGGAGAUUUCCAUAUUUGGCCUACAAGAAUGGAGGGGGUGCCUUUCUCAUCCCCUACUUUGUGAUAUUGGUGGUGACUGGAAUCCCUCUUUUCUUCCUGGAGAGUGCCUUCGGUCAAUUUUGCAGCCAAGGUCCAAUCAACAUAUGGAGAGCAGUGCCUAUACUACAGGGUGUUGGCAUUGCCAUGGUAAUGGUGACUCUAAUAGUGUCAAUUUACUACAACGUCAUCAUCGCCUACAGUCUUUACUACAUGUUCGCCUCCUUCCAGUCUCCUCUGCCGUGGGCCAGCUGCUUCAGCUGGGCUGACAGUAGCUGCAGCAACACGCCUAUAGUGUCUUGUAAUGUAAGUGGUGUUUUAGUGGCCAACUGGACUCAGGAAAACAGCACUUGUCCUUCAUCCAACAUGAUCGCAGUUUCUGUGCAGAGUCCGAGUGAACAGUACUGGGACCGUGUGACUCUGCAGAGAUCCAGCGGUCUAGAUGAAACUGGACCAGUAGUUUGGCACUUGGCGCUCUGUCUGCUGCUGAGCUCCGUGCUUGUUGCUGCAGCGCUCAUCAGAGGCAUCAAGUCGUCAGGAAAAGUUGUUUAUUUCACUGCUACAUUUCCUUACGUGGCGAUUUUGAUCCUGCUGAUCAGAGGUGCGACACUAGAGGGAGCGAGAGAUGGGAUCGAGUUCUACAUUGGUUCCCAAUCUAAUCUGACUAAACUGGCUGAAGCGCAGGUCUGGAAAGAUGCAGCAACUCAGACCUUCUACUCUCUCUCGAUUGGCUGGGGUGGAGUCAUGACUCUUGCUUCCUAUAACAACUUCCACAACAAUGUGUUCAAGGACUCCUUUAUAGUUACACUGACUAAUGCAGGCACCAGUGUGCUUGCAGGCUUUGCCAUUUUUUCAAUUUUGGGUCACAUGGCUCACAUCUACAAAAUGCCUGUUGGACAGGUUGUCAAGGAAGGGUUUGGCCUUGCAUUCAUUGCUUAUCCAGAUGCUUUGUCUAAGCUUCCCAUUUCCCCACUGUGGUCCAUUUUGUUCUUCUUCAUGCUUCUGACUGUUGGCCUUGACUCUCAGUUUGCAGGAAUUGAGGUGAUCACCACCUGCCUGUUAGAUGCCUUCCCUAAAAUCUUCAAAUCCAAACGUGCCUUAUUGACUUUAAUUACAUCUGCCAUCCUCUAUCUCCUUGGCCUACCAUGUGUCACACAGGCCGGAAUAUACUGGGUGAGUCUAAUCGACCAGUUUGUUGCCAGCUGGGUGCUCCUAAUUCUGUCCCUCUUGGAGAUCAUUGGUGUCUGCUACAUAUAUGGAGGGAACCGUUUUAUUAAAGACAUUGAGAUGAUGCUUGGAAAUAAGAGUUUCGCUUUCUGGCUGUGGUGGAGAGCAUGUUGGUUCUUCAUUAGCCCCUGCAUCAUUGUGGCGAUCCUGAUCUGGUCUCUGAUGACAUUUACACCACCUUCCUAUGGAGCAGUCCAGUUCCCAGUCUGGGGCUUGGCUCUGGGCUGGUGCAUGGCUGUAUUCAUCCUAAUCUGGAUCCCUGUCAUCGCUGUGUAUAAACUGAUGACAGCAAAUGGAAGCCUCUGGAAGCGUCUGAAGUCAUUGUGUUCUCCAUCUGAAGAAUGGCAUCCCUACCUGGAUGUCCAUCGAGGAGAACGCUACUCAGAUGAACGCUGCCGCUGCAGAAAGAACCAUAAAAACGCACCAGAAGUAAAUGUCGAUGUCAUCUCUAGCUCAUGGCUCUGA